UCCAACCAAAGCCGCCGUCCCGUCCCGUCCCCUGGUCCCUGCUUCUGCGCAAGGUCUAAAUAUGAACAAUACAAUACGAGUGUCCUUUUGUGCAGGAAAAGGUAUUUGCGAUUAAUAAUAUAGCCAAGUUUAAUUAAUUGGGAUUGGGAAGCAGAAGAAGAUCCAAGUGGUGAAAUAAUGAGCAGCAGUAGUACCGCCUGCACAUCCAAUAGGGGCAAGAACUUAUACAUAAGCAAGAAGAAAAUAGUGGGUCUGGGAUCACACUUAAAGCCAAGACCUCUUGGAAAUCCAGUGCUGGAAGAUGGAGACCAUAACAAUGAGAACAGUUUCUUCAAUGCUAUCCAGAAAGGUAAAUGGAGUGAGGCAGAGAAAAUUUAUGAAAAAAAUCCUGGCAUAUUGAGGGCAACCAGUCUAAAUUUUGGCAAGUCGGCUCUCCAUAUUGCUUGCGUAGCGGGGCAUGCCCAUAUUGUGGAAGUGUUAGUUGAGUUAAUGGAAGAAAAAGAAUUAGAACGAAGAGGAAUCUUGGAUGGCUUCACAGCUCUUGCAGAGGCUACAAUGAAUGGAGAUACAAAUAUAGCAAAAUGUAUGGUAAAAAGGAACCCGAGAAUCGUGAGUAUCCCCACCGAUAUUGGAAUGAUUCCCGUUGUGCUUGCCCUUGCAUAUGGCAACAAGAGCAUGGCUCGCUAUCUCUACUGCGUUACACCCUUGGAAGACUUGUUACCCGAGAAAGGUGCAAAUGGUGCAAGUCUUUUAACGUACGCUAUAAGAAUGGAACAAUAUGACAUUGCUUUUAAUUUGCUGGAGCGUUGCCCAAGAUUGGCUUUUGCAUCAAACCAUAGGGACCGAUGCCCUCUAUUCGAAUUGGCCUGCACAUCAUCAGCAUUUCUUAGUGGAAGUCAGCUCACGUUUUGGCAACUCUGGAUAUAUAACUGUAUACGCAUACCAAAACAUGAGCAGCUCUCCCAGCAAAGAAAAAAGCAUCUACAACAUGAGCAAGCCAACCAUAACAACUAUUCUUUUUCUAUUGAUGUUCGAGAUGAUAUCCAAACAAACCAGAGAAAUAUGGGUAUAUUGUAUCUACUAGCUUCAAAACUCCUCAAGCUUUUAGGAAUCAGAGGAAUAUAUGAAUUGAAGUUGGUUCACCACCAUUCCUUUGAACUCCUGGGUCUGAUAUCGGAAGAGAUUAAAGCCUUAGACCCAAAAAUGAUUGAUUCGUUAUGUGAGGCACUAUAUGAAGCAGCUGGUCGAGGGAAUGUGGAGUUUUUUGUUAACGUGCUACAAAUGGUUCCUGAACUUGUAUGGCACCAGAAUGAAAAGGGAUCCACCAUUUUCAUGCAUGCUAUCGAAUUCCGUCAGCCGAAAAUAUUUUCUCUCAUUCAUGGCUUUGGUUCCAAACAAGCAAUGGCUACUGAGACCGAUAACUAUGGAAAUAAUAUGCUGCAUAUGGCGGCAUUGUUGGCACCACCAACCCAACUUAAUAGAAUUCAAGGUACACCCUUACAAAUGCAAAGGGAACUACAAUGGUUUAAGGAAGUGGAGAGAAUAAUGACAGCUGACCGUUUGGAAAGUAAGAAUGAGAAUUUGAAGACACCACGAGAGUUAUUUACAGAAAACCACAGCAAGCUGAUGAAAGGUGCAGAAGAAUGGAUGAAACGUACAGCCUCUUCUUCAACUGUCGUAGGAGCUCUCGUUUUUACAGUAAUGUUUGCCGUAGCAUUUACUGUGCCCGGAGGAAACAAUCAAAAUUCAGGCUAUCCUAUUUUCUUAGGGCACAAAUUAUUCGACAUUUUCAUCAUAUCAGACGCCAUAUCACUCUUUUCUUCUGUAGCUUCAGUCUUAAUGUUCUUAGGAAUCUUAACAUCGCGUUACGCAGAAGAAGAUUUCCUCAAAUCCUUACCCACAAAAAUGAUGAUAGGCCUUACCGCACUUUUCUUAUCACUCGCAAGCAUGACACUAGCAUUUUCUGCUGCGCUUAUCAUCAUAGUUGGUGGACAAAUUUGGCUUAGAAAUUCAGUCAUUGUUUUAGCUUGCCUUCCUGUCCUCUUGUUUAUAUGGCUCCAGUUUUCCCUCAUUUUUGACAUGUUUAUGUCUACUUAUGGUCCAAGCAUUUUUUAUAGGAAAGUUAAUCGCUGGUUAAUAAGUUAAGCUUUCAUAUUUAUUUAUUAUGAUGCGCAUGCAAUGCAAUCAUCACCAUUUAUCAUUGUACUUACACCUAUUAAAUGAGCAUGAAUAAUUGCUUUUUUAUGUACUUAAUGGAUACAUUUCUCUUUGAAUUGAUCAAUACAAGUAUAUUUGAAUUA